AUGACGAGAACAAAUCAGACAGCCGCAGCUCAAACUAGCAUCACAGCGGCAAUAAAGCCCUCAAAAAUAGUCAGUUCAUUCGGCGAUUGCCAGCCAGGCUCCAGCUAUACGGCGUCUCAUUCAUUCUCUCGUCGCCCUGGUCCAUCGACAUUGACUGGCGAUGUGCCAUCUAGCCAAUCCAGAUAUUUACAGGCCUGUUAUGCAGCUCCCAAUAUUACUUAUAACCCAAUUGCAGGUUCCAGUUUUACAACCACAGUCACCAUGGCUCGUCGUGCCCUUGCUCAGGCUAAGGCAGAAAGUCAAAGGGCUGCUCGCCUGGCAGAACUAGAGGCAGCAGAGAAAGCUGCAGAGGCUGCACGACAACGUGUCCUGGCAGAAAGAGCUGCCCACCUUGCGGAAAGGCGGUCGCGAGCAGAGGUGCGGAGAAAGCAGGUAGAAGAGCGAAGACGCCAAAGGGAGGAAGAAGAUAAGGCAAUAACCUAUUUUUAA